AUGGAUAACUUUAAAAGGAAACAAAAAGAGAAUGAUUCAAUCAACAUUGUACAUAACCACGAUCAUUUUCAAAGACAAGAGAUUGAAAAACUAACAAGAAUAUUAAACAAUAACAACUUAUCAAGACAUAUUGGUAACAAUAAUGAUUUGAUUGUAAAGUUGAUCAAACAUUAUUUAGCGAUUGAAGAGAGCACCGACGUGGAAUUGGCUCAGUGCGAGCAAUGGUUGAAAAGAUUAAGAUCUUCGUCAUCCUACUCUAAAGAGACUAAUUUGGAUCGAGAACUCACUCUAGAGUUGUUAAUCAAACAAAAGGCAUACACCGAUGCUCAAACAAAGGUCAUCGAUUACAUCCAAAGUCAUCCCGAUCAUUUAAAGUUUACUAUUCUCUAUAUCAACAUUUUAUCAUUACAAGAAAAUUAUCAAGAAUUAUUUUCAGUUAUUAAAGGAGAUAAAACUACUUCUUCUACUACAACAAAUAUAAGUGUUAGAUUUGAUAGAGUGGUUGAAUAUUGGGAACAUAUAUAUCAUACAUUACAAUCAUUGUGGACACAUAGAUUGAAAUCAAAGUUUAAACAGGCUAGUAUGAAAAACAGUCAAUUCCGUAGUUUCUUGGAUGAUACUAUUGGAUUUGAACCAUUUCAAUUGUUGAUUGUCGAAUCGUCGGAUCGAGUGGUCAGACUAUUACUCGCACAGUUGGACAAGACACCAGUCAGCGAUACGAUGAUUUCAUGUAUCUCUGAACAAGUCAAAGAGUUACAAAAUGCAAUUGCAAAGACUGAAUCUAUCAUUUCAGUCUAUCAAAGUCAUCAACCAAAGAAAACUAAUGGUAACAGUUUGGAUGCAUCUGACCAAACCAAAGAAAGAAUCAAUCAAUUGAAAUCAAAAUACUCUUAUUAUUUGGGUAUAAUGAAAGAUUUUCAAGUUUUCAAUCAAAUUCAUGAUAUUAGAGAAGGUUAUCCUUUUAUAAAUUAUGUUGAAGCAUUACAAGUUUCAAAAAGUAUGUCAAUAGAAUCAAAUAGAAUUUAUUCAGAAGUUACCAAACAAUUGGUUUAUUCACUUGGUCAUCCUGGUCAUCUUGACUUGUUUAAAAAGUAUCUUGAAAAUAAUGAUGAUUUGAUCAAAAAGAAUGAAUACUUUGUAGAGCUUGGUAAAACAAAGAAAUCGUCAUCAUCAUCAUCGACAGGGAAGCUAGAGAACCGAUUGAUUAGCGACAUGGAAAGAAAUGACUUUGAACUAACGAGUCAAUGCAAGUCUGAUAUUGCUCGGUUCAUUGUCAACAGUCUCUGGUAUAUCAGACACUCCAACUAUCAAAACUACUCUAUCCUUGUACAAUGGGCAACCAAGCUAUUUUCAGGGUUCAUAGAUAGACUCAAUCGUCAACAGCAACAGGGCAAAAAGAGUGAAAUCACAUUACUUCAUGUUAUUGUUUAUUGUUUGAAUAUGGUCUAUGAAGUGGACGAGGUUGCAAAACAAAGUGUUCAAUUGGCAACCACCAACCUUAGAGUAUUUGUUGAUCAACAUACUCUAUGGUCUCUCCACUAUCACAAUCGAUCAACUUUAAAUCAAAAAAUUUGGGAUUCUAUCUUAUUCUAUACAAACGAUCAAUCAUCAUCAUCAUCAACAAUAGAUGAAGAGAUUAAUAAUAAUAAUAAUGGAAAGACAAAUCAACAAAAUGAAAUGAUUAAAGAUUAUCAAAAAAGAUUCCAACAACAACAAAAUCAACCAUCGUCUUCGUCAUCUAGUACAACAACAACAAAAAUAUUAGUAACAAAACCAAAAGAUAUAUUAUCAUUAUCAACAUUACAUCAAGAAUUAAAAAAUAUGUUGCUUGGUGCCGAUGGAUUGAAUCAACAGAUAUCCUAUAAAAUUGCACAUGUAUUGCCAGACAUUUACAACCAACUUUUGCCAUCGAAUCCACAACUUCGAGAGAUCAACAUCAACACGCUUCAAAUCAAAUAUUACACUCACUCGUCUCAAUACCCAAGACACUCGCCUUCAGUCAUUGACAAGAUCAACAAUUCACUUGGACUUUUAUACCAAGAAAGACGUUCCUACAAACUAGCCCUCUCUCAUUUCCUAAAGGUCGAUACUCCCAACAGUAAUUUACAAACUUCAAUCAUUUGUCGUGACAUUAUAAAUAAUAAUUCUGAAAACCCAUCAUAUUCUAAAGAUUUAUUAUAUUCUUUGGUAAAUAGAAUGGCACAGUCACUUGAUAAAUGUCAAAACUAUAAUUUGGCUCAAAUUGAGGCAUCUGGUAUUGACUUUUCAGAAUACUUUUCUCAUGUACAUGAUUUGGAAAGAGAGUUGGUAGAGUUGCAAGAAAAGUAUGGUGCUGUUGAUUUGAUGGCUUCAGCCAUCCACGGUAAUGGUAGUACUGGUAGUCAUUUUUUCCCAACACCCUCAAAAUCAAUUUCGGGUUCAAUGAUGCUAGAGUUGCCAUCACCCAUGAAAACUCCUCUCAAAACUCUUACUAUGGGAGGAGACCACACAUCUACAAACAAAAAUAAUAAUAAUAAUAAUAGUUCAAUGAUGUCAUCACUGAUAUCAUCUCCAUAUCAACAACCUGGUACAAACAGAUUGUUUAAUUCAACAACAUCAACAUCAACAUCAGCUUCACCAUCAUUCACUCCAUUGGAAACGUCUGAUUUAAUUUCAAUCAACAAUAAGACUGAAACCCUUAGUCUAAGUCAACUACAAUCACCACAACAACCAUCACCAGCACUAGACUCAUCCAAAUUACAUCAAAGUUUCAAGGAUCGACAAAACAAGAGAAGAAGUCUUUUAGACUCUGUUAGAAACAAGAUUAAUGAUUUGUCACUCGAAGAUAUAGUUAAAACACCUCCAACUCCAUCUUAUGAAAUAACAGAUAAAUCAAUUAUUACCUCUCCAUCAACUUCAUCUCCAUCAUUUGGAGGUAUUAGUUUUGGUAGUGCUCCAUCAACAACAACAACCAAUGCUUUGGAUAAACCACCUACCCCAACAUUAUUUGGAUCAUCUAUCUCUAAACCAGCAGCAGCUACAACUUUACCAUCUUUUGGUACUGCACCCGCUAGUAGUAACAAUACAACUAUAUUCCCAUUCUCAACUGGAUCCACUUCAACCACAGAAUCCCAGUCAUCUGGAAAGUGGAAGUGCCCAUGUUGUGAUGAACAAAAUGAUGACAUUGCUAAAAGAUGCAAGAUGUGCGAUAUCAACAAACCAACACCCAAGGCAAUCACAACUCCCGCUGCUCCUUCCUCUACAUCAACACCAGCAAUUUCAUUUGGAUCUUCAACUCCAGUCACAUUUGGUUCAUCCACUCCAUUAAAGGUUGAGGAUACUAAACCUGCUUCAAUCUUUGGAUCGACUCCAUCGGCACCAUCUGGAACAUCUAUUUUUGGAUCAACUCCAUUAUCAACUGGUACAACAACAUUCCCAUUCGGUACACCAACAACAUCUAGCAAUACCACCUUCCCAUUUGGUACUUCUACUACUAGUACUCCAGCUGCUUCAGCUGCAGCUGCACCAGGUAAAUGGAAAUGUGCAUGUUGUGAUACACAAAAUGAUGAUAGUGCUAAAAGAUGCUCUAUUUGUGAUGUUUCCAAACCAACACCCAAAGCAACAGCCGCUACAUCUGCACCUGCACCAGUACCAGUAUCAGCUCCAACCAUUUCGUUUGGAUCUUCAACUCCAGUUACAUUUGGUUCAACCACUCCAUUAAAGGUUGAAGAUACUAAACCUGCUUCAAUCUUUGGAUCGACUCCAUCAUCUGGAACAUCUAUUUUUGGAUCAACUCCAUUAUCAACUGGUACAACAACAUUCCCAUUCGGUACACCAUCAACAACAUCUAGCAAUACCACCUUCCCAUUUGGUACUUCUAGUACACCAGCUGUUGCUUCUGCAGCCGCACCAGGUAAAUGGAAAUGUGCAUGUUGCGACGAACAAAAUGAUGAUAGUGCCAAAAAAUGCUUUGUUUGUGAAGUUCCCAAACCAACACCCAAAGGAACAACCGCUACAUCUGCACCUGCACCAGCACCAGUACCAGUUCCAACAAUUUCAUUUGGAUCUAGCUCACCUAUUUCCUUUGGAUCUUCAACUCCAGUCACAUUUGGUUCAUCCACUCCAUUAAAGGUUGAGGAUACUAAACCAGUUUCAAUCUUUGGAUCAGCUCCAUCGGCACCAUCGGGAACAUCUAUUUUUGGAUCAACUCCAUCUGGAACAUCUAUUUUCGGAUCAACUCCACCAUCAACUGGUACAACAACAUUCCCAUUCGGUACACCAUCAACAACAUCUAGUAACACCACCUUCCCAUUUGGUACUUCUACUACUAGUACUCCAGCUGCCUCUGCUGCUGCAGCACCAGGUAAAUGGAAAUGUGCAUGUUGUGAUACACAAAACGAUGAUAGCGCUAAAAGAUGCUCUAUUUGUGAUGUUUCCAAACCAGCACCCAAAGGAACAACCGCUGCAUCUACACCAGCACCAGCACAAGCUCCAACAAUUUCAUUUGGACCUUCAACACCAAAGGAGGCAGUUCCACCCAAGUUGGAGGAAAAGAAGGUUGAAGUCCCUGUCGCUGCUCAAGCCCCUGCUCCAAUUAAAAAGGAAGAGGAAGCCAAAACACAACUCCCAAAUUUAUUUGGAACAAGUGCAGGAACCUCACUUUUUGGAGCAAGUGGAGGAGGAUCCUCACUCUUUGGUGCAUCUACUCUUAACACUUCGUUGUUUGGUCCCAAUGCAAUCACAUCUUUUGUCCUUGAUCCUGCAACAAAAUCUGCUAAAUCAAACAAACCAAAACCAGAAGAGAUUAUCGAUAGUGAAGACAGUGACCAAGAUGAAGAAGAAGAAGAGGAAGAUGAAGACGAUUACGAGGAAGAAGAAGAGGAGGAAGGAGAAGAAGUUGAUCAACCACAAGAAGAUGGUGAAGAAGUAGAAGAAGAAGAAGAAGAAGAUUACGAGGAAGAUGAAGAUGAAGAGGAAUCUGAUGAACCAGAGGAAGAAAAACGUGCUGAUGGACCGGAGAGACCAAAGCCUACAUUCCAAUUUGGUUCAUUUGGUGGCGAUGUGUCCUCAACUCCAACUGUGACUACCGUCACAAAUCCACCACCACCACAAGCCCCAAUAGGUUCGAUUUUUGGUGCUGCACCAAACCAAACCUCAUCUAUUUUUGGAUCAAAUCCAUCUGCCCCACAACCAACAUCAAUCUUUGGUAAGCCAACCGGAUCUAUCUUUGGUCAGCAGUCCACUACUGCACCUGCCCCAACUGGCUCAAUCUUUGGUCAAACAUCCACGACCUCACCUACUCCAACUGGAUCAAUCUUUGGUCAAUCAUCUACUACUGCUCCUGCUCCAACUGCAACAGUAUUUGGAUCAGCACAAACUUCCACAUCUAGCUCAUCCAUUUUUGGAUCAAACCCACUUGCAACAAACGCCACAUCAAUCUUUGGCGCCAAGUCAACUGGGUCGAUUUUCGGACAACCAUCAACCUCAAUCUUUGGUACUCCAUCCACCUCCAACCUUGGUACUUCUUCAACUCCAUCAUUGUUUGGUACACCACCACCAAAAGAUGAAGAGAAACCAAGGGUCCAAGAAAUUGUAGAAGAUGAUGAAGAAGAAGAACAAGAGGAAGAUCAAGAUACUGAAGAUGAUGAACAAGAACAAGAAGAUGAAGAUGAAUACCAAGAUGAAGACGAAGAAGAUCAAUAUGAGGAUGAAGAUGAGGAGGAAGAAUCUGAGGAAUCUGAUGAACCAGAGGAAGAAUCUGAGGAAUCUGAUGAACCAGAGGAAGAAUCUGAGGAAUCUGAUGAACCAGAGGAAGAAUCUGAGGAAUCUGAUGAACCAGAGGAAGAAUCUGAGGAAUCUGAUGAACCAGAGGAAGAAAAACGUGCUGAUGGACCAGAGAGACCAAAGCCUACAUUCCAAUUUGGUUCAUUUGGUGGCCCAGCCGCAGCUGCUCCAACCACCUCAGCCGCUACUUCAAAUGAUACUUCCUCUUCCGUAUCUAUAUUUAGUCAAAAGCCAACUUCAGUGUUUGGUUCUACUCCAACCAAUUCUGUUUUUGGAUCAACUUCAUCUGUAUUUGGUACCGCUUCAUCGACACCAGCUGCCUCUACUAGUACAUCUGUAUUUGGCUCAACUUCAUCUGUAUUUGGUACCGCUUCAUCGACACCAGCUGCCUCUACUUCUAUUUUCGGUCAAAAGACCACUGUAGUCUCCCCAACCACCUCUGUAUUUGGUAGUACUUCAUCUGCACCCACUACAUCCAUUUUUGGUAGUACUUCAUCUGCACCAAGCACAUCCAUUUUUGGCUCCAAUCCCACCAACUCUGGAUCAAUCUUUGGAAAUGGUCAAUCGAUCUUUGCACAACCACCAUCCCCUUCCACUCCAUCCAUCUUUGGAGGAUCUCCCUCUGCCCUUGCAACUGCCUCUACUCCAUCAUUAUUUGCCGCAAAGGAAGAAACUAAAGUCGAAGAAACAAAGGUAGAAGAAACAAAGGAAAGCACCACAGUUGAACAAGAAAAGCCAAAGGAAGAAGCUCCAUUAAGAAAGUGGGCACAAAAAAGAAAUGAAACUACUAGAUAUGAAAGUGGAACCUUUUCAAGAAAGACUUCAACUACAUCAUUAACAGGAUCAACUGACUCAACACCAAAGGUUGUUGAAGAAGAACCAAAAAAAGAAGAACAAGUAGUAGUCGUAGAAGAACCAAAGAAAGAACAAGAACAACCAACCCCUCUUGCUCCUUCAUCUUCAUCAUCAUCGUCAUUGGAAAAGAUGGAUUCAUUGGGUACUUCUAUGAUCUCUACUUCUACUACCUCUAUUGGUAAAGAUGAUGAUGAUGAUAAUAGUAGUGAUGAUGAUUCUGCUGCCCCAGCCACAUCAGUCCAAACAUCAAAUCAACCAAUUGUAUUUGCUCAAUCUAGUUUUUCAUUCAAAACUGCAGGAAGCAAUGAACAAAAACCAUCUGCAUGGGGUGCAUCCAGUGGCUCAAGCAGCUGGCUUAGUUCCGAUAGCUCUGUCAAAUCAACACCAUCCAUCUUUGGUGCAUCCUCCACAUUUGGAUCAACUCAAUCACCACUCUUUGGAGUUAGCUCAUCUGCCCCAGCAUUACCACAACAAAAACAAGAUAAUGUAGCUUCCAAAUUUGCUUCACCAAAGGAAGGAUAUGUAUUUGGAGGAGGCUUUAAGAAACCAGAAGAACCUAAAAAGGUAGAAGUUGAAAAGCCAAAGGAGGAGGAGAAACAAGCUGCUGACCAGACCAAGCCAGCAGAUGAAGCUUUGGAUAAUCAAAAGGAACUUGAAGCCCUCGAACAACAAGUAUUGGAAAAGGAAAAGGAAAUUGAAGCAAAGAAAAAAGAAAAAGAGUUACAAGACAAGAAAGAAGAAGAAGAAGAAGAACCUGUUCCAAUUGUUGAAGAAAAGAAGGAAGAAGAAUCUGCUCCAAUCGUUGAAGAAAAGAAAGAGGAAGAAGAACCUGUUCCAAUUGUUGAAGAAAAGAAAGAGGAAGAACCUGUUCCAAUCGUUGAAGACAAGAAAGAGGAGGAACCUGCCCCAAUUGUCGAAGAAAAGAAAGAGGAAGAACCUUUUCCAAUCGUUGAAGACAAGAAAGAGGAAGAAGAACCUGCUCCAAUCAUCGGAGAAAAGAAAGAGGAAGAAUCUGUUCCAAUUGUUGAAGACAAGAAAGCGGAAGAACCUGUUCCAAUUGUCGAAGACAAGAAAGAGGAAGAACCUGCUCCCGUUGUUGAAGACAAGAAGGCCGAAGAGCCUGCUCCAAUUGUUGAAGACAAGAAAGAGGAAGAACCUGCUCCCGUUGUUGAAGACAAGAAAGAGGAGGAGCCUGCUCCAGUAGUCGAAGAACCUGCUCCAAUUGUUGAAGACAAGAAGGAUGAAGAGCCUGCUCCAAUCGUUGAAGACAAGAAAGAGGAAGAACCUGCUCCAAUCGUUGAAGAAAAGAAAGAGGAAGAAGAACCUGCUCCAAUCGUCGAAGAAAAGAAAGAGGAAUCUGCUCCAAUUGUCGAAGACAAGAAAGAGGAAGAACCUGCCCCAAUUGUUGAAGACAAGAAAGAGGAAUCCGCUCCAAUUGUCGAAGACAAGAAAGAGGAAGAACCUGCACCCGUUGUUGAAGAACGUGUUCCAAUCGCCGAAGACAAGAAAGAGGAGGUAGCCUUUGUUGGAGACAACAACAACCAAGAUGAUGAUUUUGUAAUCAUCUCCCAACAAAAGGAACAAGUCGAAACUGAUCAAGAUAUUAGAGAAGAGAUGGAACAAGAAAAACCAUUGGACCAGAUCAAGGAAGAGGAGAAAAUCAAAGAGGCUGCUGCCAAGGAAACUGCAGAGGAAGAAGCACAAGAUGAAAUCCAAGCCGAAGAGGAACAAGAAAUUUUGGACAGAAUUGCCACCGAACAAGAAGAAGAAAAACUAGAUGAAAGUAGCAUUGAAGAUUUAUCCUCGUCUCAAGGUAGUACAAUUGAAAACGAAGUUGACAUUCCAAAAGAAGAUGAAGAUGAUGAAGAUGAAUCAACUCAAGAAGGAAGUGUCAUUGAUCAUGGUGAAGAUGUUCAACAAAUCGAAUCAUCUCCAGAACUUGCCCCAAGAAGAGGAUCAAUCGUUAAAUUCAAUACCUCUUUGAAUACCACCCACAGUUAUGAUUUGGCAAGUGAUAGUGAUGAUGAAGAAGAGGAUGAAGAUGAAGAAGAAGAAGAAGACUAUGAUGAAGAUGGUGACGAUGAAGAUUAUGAUGAAGAUAUCUAUCAAGUUGACGACGAUUCUGAUGAACAAGAUGGUGACGAUGAAAAUAUUGAUGACGCUAUCUAUAGACCUCUUGAUGCAUAUGGAAAUGUGACCAAAACUGAUAAAGAUCAAGAAUUGGAACAACAAGAAAAAGAACAAGAAAAAGAAGAAAAGGUCAAUCAACAAGAAAAAGUUGGUGAAGAUGAUAAGAUGAAGGUUAUAAGUACCGUAAGUUCACUCACUCAUACGCCACCAUUAGGAGUUGGUGAUGCAUUAGGAUUUAUCUCACAACAACAUCAUCACGAAAAGAGAAAACAAAGAAUUUUGGAUCACCUCAACAAAUCCAUGGAAGAUAAUGAAGAUCAAGAUUCAAUUGUACAAGAGGAAAGACCAGCAGAAUCAAGCAACAAUAAUAAUUGUGUAUUUGACAUGUCAACAAUGAAUGAACUCUCUAAAAUGUCUGAAGAAUCAAGAAGUGCACUCUUACCAACAUCAACCUCUCAAAGUGAUAUUGAUGAUAAUAGUAGUGAUGAAGAACCAACUACUACCGUCUCAUCGUCAACUGAACCAACCACAAUCGAAUUUAACAAACCAUCAUUUUCAUUUGGUGGUGAUUCCACCACCUCUUCUACACUUGGAAAUGGAUCAUCCAUCUUUGCAGCAAACAAAGGUACUAGCUGGAUUCAAGAUCCCUCUCAACCACCCACCACCAAUCAAGUGUCAUCAGACUCUAAUCAACCAUCAACCACUCCAGUAGUAUUUGGACAAACCAGCAAUCUUUCCACUACAACUAAUAAUGAUAAUGAACCAAAAUCACCAACCUUUACAAUUCCACAAGGAGGAAGUUAUAUAUUUGGAUCAAAUACAAAGAAUUAA